AUGAACACGACUAAUUUGAAGGUCAUUCCUGUAUGUGAUUUAUCGAAUGUAUCAUUAGAGUCAAGUAAAUUGCAUGUUCUGUCCGACGAUAAUAAUCACUUGAAAGAAGAUAUCGUUCAUUCAGCUACGAAACUCGUCAGUGACAAUGUAUCGCGGCAACUAACAUCGACUAAUUCUUCGAUUGUCCCUCAUUUUUCCUCGACGAUUGCUCCUCGUAUACCACUUCAAACUUCAUUAUCAACUAUUAUCGUACAAGAAGUACUUGCCAAAGAAUCAAACACCCCACUACAAUGCCGAUCAUUACACAACAAUAUUCAAGAACUAGUUGAGCAACUCAACGUCUGUCUAGCUACUGUAAAUCAUCUCAUUCAAAGUGAAGAAAAACGUAAAAAAACAACUCGAAAAAGAAACAGAGCACAGAAGAGACGACUAAAUUCGCCCGCUAAUCUACGACGUCAGGCCAAAUUUCUUGAAAACAUCGAGCCAUACGAUGAAAAUCUUUGCAUACCGUCAGUGUAUCAUAACCAACAUGAAGACCUACAACGUUGUUUAUUGAUUUACAAUCGUAGUGAAGUAGAUAGACGUCGAUGUGGACAUGUGCAUACAUUGGAUAACGUCGAAUAA